AUGUCUGAUAUUGAGGAUUGUAUGGACAAUGAGCCACCUGUCAUCGAUCCGUACGAGGUGCUCGGCCUCGACCGCGAGGCCACGGCAGACAAAAUCAAGAGUGCCUACCGAAAGGCAGCGCUCAAGAGCCACCCUGACAAGGUGGCCAGUGAACAAAAAGAGGCGGCCCACUCCAAAUUUCAGAAGAUUGCCUUUGCCUACGCCAUCCUCUCCGACCCGGCGCGACGCAGACGAUAUGACACUACCGGCUCAACUUCAGAGUCCAUCGUCGACGCGGAUGGCUUCAGUUGGAGCGAUUACUACCGAGAACAGUACAGAGACUCAAUAUCUGCGGACGCAAUUAGGAAAUUUGCCGAGAAAUACAAGGGCUCUGAUGAGGAAAGGGAUGAUGUUUUGAUUGCCUACGAAGAAUGUGAAGGAGACAUGGAUCAGAUUUACGAACGCGUCAUGUUGAGUGAUGUCACAGAGGAUGAUGAGAGAUUUCGCAGCAUUAUUGACAAGGCCAUCGACGAUGAGGACGUGCCAGCCUUCGACUCAUACUCAAAGGAAAGUAAAAAGAAGCGCGCAGCCCGUAUCAAGGCCGCGAAAGCUGAGGCAGCGGAGGCAGAGAGCCAUGCCAAGGUACUUGGUGUUCACGACAUGUUGUUUUCCACAAAGGACAAGAAAUCAAAGGGUAGCUCCGAGGAUAGCCUGGCAGCCUUGAUCCAGAAACGACAACAGAACAGAUCUGCGAAUUUCCUCGAACACCUGGCGGAAAAGUAUGGAGCUAAUAGUAGCAAGAGCGAAAAGGGCAAAAAGCGAGCAGUGGAGGACGAUGAGCCCUCAGAAGAAGCCUUUCAAACCGCCGCUGCCAAGUUGAAAAAGGGAGGCCGGGCAUCCAAGAAGUCCAAGAAAUGA